AUGGGAAACUUUACUUCAUGUACUGUUUUACCAACGAUAAGGAAUUCAAAAGCAGCCAGAGUUGUUCUACCAGGAGGAGAAAUCAGACAAUUUCGUGAACCAAUAAAAGCAGCAGAACUCAUGUUAGAGAAUCCAAAUAAUUUCUUAGUGAAUUCAAGUUCGUUAAAUAUUGGUCGUAGAUUUUCAGCUUUGUCUGCCGAUGAAGAUUUGGAGUAUGGGAAUGUUUAUAUUAUGUUUCCAAUGAAGAGAGUGAAUUCAGUUGUGACAGCUUCUGAUAUGACUGUGCUUUUAUUGGCUGCUAAUUCUGCUGCUAAGAGAAUUUCUGGUGGAAAUGUUAAGAUUUCGCCGGAGGUUUCAGCACCGGUGCCGGAGUCAACACCGGAAAAUAAUGCCGCCGGUGGCCGGAGUUUGGAUGGGGUUGAAGGGUUUCCGGUGGAACAAGAGUUGAAGUAUAGGUUGUCUUGUAGAUCAAGGAAACCUUCGUUGGCGACUAUUUUGGAAGAACCAGUUUGUUCUAGAUGA